CGCCCGCCUCGUUCGCUUCUCUCUUCCCCUUCCUUCCAUUCCAGCUAGCAACCGCAAGUCCGCAACGCGAGAAACGCAGGCAGCAAAGCAAGCGAACCCAAAGCUGGCCUCGCACUCACACUGACAGCCUUGCUCUCCUCCUCCCCCUAUAUCUCUCCUCCCUCCCUCGCCGCCUCCUCCCCAAUCCUCCAAACCCUAAUCCCCCACCUCACUCUCUCUCGAUCUCGUGCUCUCCUCCUUUCGCGAGCGCGUUCUUUGGAGGGGAGAUGGCGGAGGAGCCACAGCCAGAGGCCGCGCCCGCCGCGGUGGCGGCGACGACCGAGGUGGCGGUGGCGGAGAAGGCGCCCGUGGAGGCGGAGAAGGAGAAGAAGGUGGAGGAGGAGACGCCGGCGGUGGAGGCCGAGGCGAAGGAGGAGAAGAAGGAUGAGGCGGCGGCGGCGGCGGCGGCGGGAGGUGAUGAGGCCGGGGCGAUAGAGGGGACCGGAUCGUUCAAGGAGGAGAGCAACCUGGUGGCGGACUUGCCUGACCCGGAGAAGAAGGCGCUCGAUGAGUUCAAGCAGCUGAUCGCCGCCGCCCUCGCCGCCUGUGAGUUCAAUCUGCCUCCCCCUCCGCCGCCUCCCAAGGCGAAGGUUGAAGCCGCCGUUGAGGAGACCAAGGCGGAGGAGACCAAGGCCGAGGAGGAACCCAAGGCUGAGGAGCCGGCCAAGGAGGAGGAGCCCAAGGCCGAGGUGGCGGCGGCGGCGGCGGCGCCGCCGGAGGCAGGAACCGAGGAGCCGAAGGCGGAGGCGUCGUCCGAAGAGGCCAAGACCGAGGAGCCGAAGGCCGAGGCGGCGGCCGACGAGCCGGCCAAGGAGGAGUCCAAAGCUGAGGCGGCGCCGGCUGAGGAAGCCAAGCCGGCCGAGCCGGAGCCGGAGGAGAAGACCGUCGUGGUCACCGAGGAAGAGGCGGCCACCAAGACGGUGGAAGCGAUCGAGGAAACCGUCGUGCCCGCUGCUGCUGCGCCUGCUGCCGCCGCCACGGAGGAAGCCGCGGCGCCGGAACCGGAGGUGCAGGCGGCGGCGGCGCCUGAGCCCGUGUUGAUCUGGGGCGUGCCCCUGGUAGGCGACGACGAGCGCACCGACACGGUGCUCCUCAAGUUCCUGCGCGCGCGCGAGUUCAAGGUGAAGGAGGCCAUGGCGAUGCUCAGGUCGGCCGUGCUGUGGCGCAAGCGCUUCGGCAUCGAGUCCCUCCUCGACGCCGACCUCGCCCUGCCGGAGCUCGACAGCGUGGUGUUCUACCGCGGCGCCGACCGCGAGGGCCACCCCGUGUGCUACAACGUCUACGGCGAAUUCCAGGACAAGGACCUGUACGAGAAGGCAUUCGGCGACGAGGAGAAGCGGGAGCGCUUCCUCAAGUGGCGCAUCCAGCUGCUGGAGCGCGGCAUCCUGUCGCAGCUCGACUUCUCGCCCAGUGGCAUCUGCUCCAUGGUUCAGGUCACAGACCUCAAGAACUCGCCACCUAUGCUCGGCAAGCACCGCGCCGUCACCCGCCAGGCCGUUGCUCUGCUCCAGGACAACUACCCCGAGUUCAUCGCCAAGAAGGUGUUCAUCAAUGUGCCAUGGUGGUAUCUCGCUGCCAACAAAAUGAUGAGCCCGUUCCUCACGCAGCGUACCAAGAGCAAGUUCAUUUUUGCCAGCCCAGCCAAAUCAGCUGAGACCCUCUUCAGAUAUAUCGCACCAGAGCAAGUCCCUGUCCAAUUCGGAGGUCUCUUCAAGGAAGAUGAUCCUGAGUUCACCACCUCAGACGCCGUUACCGAGCUCACUAUCAAACCUUCAUCGAAAGAAACCGUUGAGAUUCCUGUCACUGAGAAUUCCACGAUUGGAUGGGAGCUCCGGGUGCUUGGAUGGGAGGUGAGCUACGGAGCAGAGUUCACUCCUGAUGCCGAGGGUGGAUACACAGUCAUCGUGCAGAAAACGAGGAAGGUGCCUGCAAAUGAGGAACCAAUCAUGAAAGGCAGCUUCAAGGUUGGCGAGCCAGGAAAGAUUGUGCUAACGAUCAACAACCCUGCAUCAAAGAAGAAGAAGCUCCUCUACAGAUCCAAGGUCAAGAGCACCAGUGAGUCCGUUUGAGGUUGCAGCUGCCUGAUCACCAGAUUCACCACAAUGGCAGCUGAACUCAUUCCCUGAUGGAAGAGAAACCUUUUGGUUUUGGUUCUUUAAUUUAUUGGUUUUGCUGUUUUGGUUCACAUUUUGUAUUUGUUUAAUUAAAAACCAAAGUGAGCUUGUUUUUGUGAUAGUUGGAAGGAGAGGGUUGAUAUGAUAUAAUGACAUCGUGAUGGUUUGUUGAGGGCAGAGGACAAAAAUUGUGGAAGGACUGAAGAAUAUCUGCUGCUUUGUAUAUCUGUCUGUACAUUGCAUCUCUGGAUUCUCAUGGACAUGUUAAAUUUAGAAGUACUUGUCAUCAUUCACCAAUCCAUGUUACCCUUUA